AUAAUUAUUAGGCCAAUUCCAAUAGCUUGCUAUAAUAUUUCGGCUCAAAUAAAAAUCCGAUUUAAAACGAUUCUGAAUUUCUGAGGUAGCAUUCAUUAUUUGGGAAUUAGCUACUGUUUUCACUAUUUCUCAGGUAUCUCUUCUGAUUUUGCUCUUUCUCGUUUUAAUUAGUUCUAAAGAUUAUUUCUUUGGCAUCGCAUUGGUUCAGCUAUUCAUUAUGAUUCGAUUCGAGUUUCCAUUUUCCAUUUUCCAUUUGGGUUGAUUAGCUAAUUUGGGGAUUUUUUACUUUUUAUACUACUUUAGUAAUUUCUUGAUCUUUUUUUUAGUUUUUUUGUUAAUCGUUGUGUUUCUGUCGAGACCCAUGUUGCGAGAAGUUAUGCUAGUAGCUGGAUUGAAAUUAAGAACGGAGGAAGAUUUGAUGAUGUGAUUAGUUUCUAUGUGAAGGAAUUCAAGAUCAUUGUUUUUUUUGGUUUUGUCAUGCUGUUUUGGUUGGAAUAGUUGAGGUAGAUGCAUUUUUUCUGUAUCGAGCUCGAUGACGGUGUGAAUUAUCAUCCAUUGAUUGUUAAUUAGUUGCUGCAUUGUUUUUAGUGUGUGUUGUCAUAUAAUUCAAAUGCUAGUUAAAUGUUUUUUUACUGCUGCUAGAAUGCAUAAUUCCAUGUCCAACCAAGGAUUCUACCGCACUGCGAAACAAGUUUUCAGCUCUACAAAAUCCAAUGAACACACCGCAAACUUGAUUGCGGAGUCCCUAAUUAAUUCGACCACAAGACCUCUCCAAAUUGCAGAAUCUCUCAUUUCCAAAGUUAAUCCCUGUAUCACACAUCAUGUUCUCUCGAACCCACGAAUUCCCAGCUCUUCUUGCUUGCGUUUCUUUGAAUUUUUGCGGACGAAUCAGUCCAUUACUCCUCAAAAACCCGAUCUUGAAUCGCACAUUGUAAUCAUUCUGCGGCUUUUCGGAGCUAGGAAAUUUGCGGAGGCCAAGAAUAUUUUGAGUGCUGCUGUUGCAGAUGAAAAUCUUCGAUCUCCAUUUUCAGAAGUAGCUUCAUUAGUGAGUGAAAGUUGUGCAGAACCCACUGUAAAGAUUAAAUUCUUUGAUAUGUUAUUUAGGGUUUAUGCUGACAAUGGACAGUUUGAUGAGGGCUUGGAGGUUUUCGAGUAUAUGGUUAAUAAUAAGUUUGAGAUUGAUGAGCGUUCUUGCAUGGUUUAUUUGGUUGCAUUGAAGAAAUGCAACCGUUUUGGCUCAUUGUAUGAUUUCUUUCAGAAAAUGGUGGAAUGCAAUGUGAUGAUUACUGUUUAUUCCAUGACAUUGGUUAUGGAUGGAUUGUGUAAAAGAAAGGAAGUUGAGACAGCCAGAAAAUUGAUGCACGAUCUGGUUGGAAAAGGGGUGAAACCAAACACGUAUACUUUCAACACUUUGAUAGAUGCUUAUGUAAAGAAAUCGAAUCAUGAGGGAGUGAAAGAUAUCUUGGCUACUAUGGAGAAGGCCGGGGUGAAUUUCAAUGUGGCGACGUAUACUCUUCGGAUUAAUUGGCAAGCGAAAUACUUCGGUAUUGAAAAUGCAGUGAAGGUGUUUAAGGAAAUGUCUGAAAAAGGUGUAGAAGCAGAUGUUCAUGUGUACACAUUGAUGAUUAGUUUGUACUGUAAAAAAGGUGAUAUUAAGACUGCAUUUGCUUUAUUUGAUGAGUUGGUGGAGAAGGGGGUGGAGCCUAAUGCCCAUACUUAUAACUCAUUGAUAUAUGGUGUGUGCAAGAUGGGGAACAUGGAUGCAGCGAAGGUCUUGCUCAUUGAGAUGCAAAGCAAAGGAAUAAACUUGAAUCGAGUUAUUUUCAACACGCUGAUGGAUGGCUACUGCAAGCAAGGGAUGAUUGAUGAAGCUUUGAAGUUGCAAGCUAUUAUGGAGAAGAAGGGAUUUGAUCCUGAUGUAUAUGUGUACACUAUGAUUGCCAAUUGUUUAUGCAAAUUAAACCGGCAUGAGGAAGCGAAGAAGGAACUGUUCUCGAUGGUGGAGAAGGGUGUCGCACCAAACGUGUAUUCUUACACAACACUGAUCGAUAUAUACAGCAAGGAAGGUAAUCUUGUUGAAGCUACUAGAACGUUACAUGAGAUGGAGAAGAAUGGAGAGAAACCAAGCGUUGUGACAUACAACGCUUUAAUCCAUGGAUACUGCCGAAAUGGGAGGAUGAAGGAAGCAAAUGAAUUGAGGAGGAAACUGGAAGUUAAGGGGUUGCUGCCAGAUAGUUACACGUACACCUCCCUCGUGCAGGGAGAAUGUAUAGCUGGGGAUAUAGAUGAGGCGCUGAAGCUCUUCCAAGAGAUGCAGAUGAAGAAUAUAAAUCCGGAUGUAAUAACUUACACAGCAUUGAUAUCAGGGUUGUCCAAAGAAGGGAGAUCAGAAGAGGCUUUCGAGUUGUAUGACGAGAUGAAAGAAGCUGGUGUCACGCCAGAUGAUACUGUAUACUCUUGUCUUGUGGGCAGCCUCCAUGCUACUCAAACUUAGUCUUGAAAUCUCGGAUGAGGAAGGCUGCGUUUGAUUUGAUUGAUAUUGGUCGCUGGCAUGUCUCGUAUGCCAUGGCGUGGAGAGAGUCCAUCACUUUCCUUCAGAAGCUACUCCGUAUCAAGCUCAGACAACGAAGGGAGGUGCUCGGCUAUUGCAAAUUGCUUGGCCAGAAAAACCACACUCCUACAUUCUACAGCCAAUCAGAGGUUCACCGUUCACGUCUUCUAAGACCCUGUUGCAAUGUGGCAUGUCAAAGACGAGAUAGCCCCUGCUAUCCUCCUUGUGGUGGACUUUGGUGGCUGGUACAGGCUUGAUACGAAGACAUCCAAUGACAGCUCUUCCGACUCAAUGAUACAUCAUACUCAA